AAUUUCACUCGAACUCAAACAUUAAAAGUGUAAUUUCUAAUUCACAAACUACUUAGGUACGUACUUUAUAAAAUCGUACAACUGGGUUCACAUUUUUGACAAAUUUCACACUGAUUUAAUUGUCAAAACAUUUGUCUAAUUUUACAAAUUUCAUAACACAAUUCAAUAUUUAUUGCACGCAAUAUACAAAAUGCAGACUCAUUCCGUUAGAAUGCUUGUACUUUUUGUGCUUGUUACCGCGGUACAUUGUGGACCCGUUUUGAUUUGGCAUUCCAAAGUCGAAUCGAAAUCUGUGUUUCCAAGAAUAAGUCAACACGAAUUUAUUAAUGAAAUUAAAACGUUACUGGAGACGAAGAUGGUCGCUGCCUUCCUAUAUAAAAGGCUAUCCUUAAAGAGUUUCCGUUGCGAAAGCUGUUUCCCAUUUCUAAGUCAACAAACACCGGCAUUCUUCUACGCUAAUGUUGAGAGAGCUGAGAAAGCGCUUUUAACUUUAAAUGUCACAGCACAUUUAAAGGCUAGUAACGACGGAAAUUUGAAUGCUCCUUUAUCGUGUAAAGUUGGGACGUUAUAUACGAUUUCAUUGAAUGUCUUAAGCAGAUCGUCAAAUCCAUUGAGAAGUUGCGAUGAUGUCAUAAAAGCAAUAACGCAGGCCUCAGGAUGCGCAGAUGUUGCGUACAUGUUCUUGGGUACGCAAGGUGAAACAGUUGAACCAAUCGGCCACCUUCACCAACACAAUCAGCUCUCAUUUUAUUUCACGGAAUUUCAGUUGAAAACGGCAGAUGAUGUGGAAACUAUACAGUUGCAGAGUAUGAAUGUGUCCGGCAUGGAUCCCAUAUUAACAGUCGAAUUUCAAGCCAAUAAUACAAAUGCAUCGCUUACAUUCAGUGUACUACUUAGCAAUGGAUACUUUGAGAUCAAAUCAUUUAAAUACAACGAUACGCAAUAUUACGUAACUGAUCUGUAUGCACCGCAAACCUCGUCGUAUUCAUGUGGUAAAAUAUCACUCCAUAAAGAUAAGGAGACAAUUAUAUUAAGAAGAGUGCAAAUGCAAUAUGAUAAAGACAAACGUGUUGGUGAUUUCAGGUUUAAGGAUGCCUGGACAUGUGAAGCCUUCACAUCACCUGCCAUUAUAUCUGCUCUUUUUAUUACUGUCAUACUACUCACUGCUUUAUUCGUCGGUAUUGGUAUGCUGAUGAGUGUGCAGCCACCAACUAAAUACGAAUCGCCAGGCGGACGUAAUCUCUACAUACAUGUUAGAGAUUGAAGUGCUUAGAAAAGCUGUUGACUGAUUUAAUUUAGAAAUUUAAAUUUGUUUUGAUUUUUUAUAUUAAAUAAAGUUACAUUGAUACUGGAAUUUAAAAAUUGAUAAAAAAUAGUUACUCAUUUAAAAACUACUUAUAGGUUGUAAAAUAAUUUUAAUUGUAAAAGUAUAAGCUAUUUUAGCACAAUGUGUAAUUUGUGCUCAUAAAACUGUAAUUUUAUAUAGUUUGGAUGAUUGACUGAGCUAUCGUAGCCGGCCCUGGUCCCGGGGGCGGUUAUCCAGGUAGACACCUAUAUAACACCGUUGUUGCAAAGAAUUCACAAAUUUUCACAAUUAAAAAAUGUUUGCUGCGUUUUUUAAAUAUCGAUAAAAAAAAGUGGUUCGACUUUCAAAAGACAAUCUGGCACUUAGCAAACGCAACAGAAAUGUGUUUCUGCGCUGACUUAUGACAACGAAUGAAACAUGGAUGCUUUAUUACACACUUGAGUCCAAUCGACAGUUCAGUGAAUGGUUGUUGACUGAUGAAAGUCAUUCAAAGCGCCCGAAAACACAAUAAUCGGUCGGCAAAGUUUCAGAAAAAUUUUUUUUUGUUUUUUGGAUUGACAUGGAAUAAUUUUCAUCCCCUACCACGAACGUGGCAAAACUAUCAAUAACAAUAUUAUUGUGCGUUAAUGGAGCGAUUGAUUGAUGAGAUCACAGUUAUGUUGAAAACUUUACAGUCGAUAAAAUAUCGCCGCUCAUAUAAUGUAUAUACCAUAUUAAGUAGUACUACUUCUGUAUUCCAUAUAAAAAUGUGAUGAAUACUUGUAUCAGGAGAAUUUUGUUGAAAAAUUAACAAAAUUUAUGACACAUUAUUAUAUAAUAUUAUUUUUAUUGUAAAUACAUGUAUGUCCGUAUGUCUGCCACAAGCACGUACAUGUAUGUGUAAUCGCUAUCACAGCGACUUUCUCUUCCGUUCUGUCGGCACUUAUAGAGGAUUAUGACGUAGCCACAACAAGCAAGCGUUCUCCACAAAUCACUCACACACACUCAACGUACCACAUUCAAGCGCAUCAUAUUUCUCAUUAUUGUUAUCCAAAUAAUGAAGCUUGUAUACCAAUCACAACGAAAUUAUGAUUAAUAGAAUGCAGUGUGUGGCGCAGAUUUGAAUGUGGCCCAGUUGUGGCAAUCAGUUUAUUUCGGCACGCCAAGCCGAUAUCAACGGAACUUUCGCUUAAUUUAAUCGCAGCUAUUGUAAAGUGUUAUAAAUUAUUUUACAAACAUUGGUUUAGUGUGAACUAAUUAUGCAAAAUUUAAAUACAAAAAAAAUAUAUAUAUAUAUGGUGGAGAAGCGGAAUUUUUUAUAGUGUUCUUUAUAAAUUAUAUUAAUAAUUGAAGUCAAACAUAUAAUAUUCAAUAUUCUUCCGUUACAUGUGAAGGCCUUAAGUAUUGCAAUACGUAAUAAUAAUACAAGUAAUUAGUAUUGCUCAAUUGUUAAGUGUGCGCGCAUACUUGUAAAUUUCGAUUGGACUCUCCAAAUUACGAGUUAAGGCCCAAUUUGUUGAUAAGAUUAAAAAUUAACGAUAAAUACAAUAAAUAAUUGAUAAUAAACAGCAACAACAUUAUUUUUAUACUAAUCAAACUAAAUUAAAAAAGUCUUCAAUGACUUUUAGUAACUGAGCGAAGGUGGACGACAUAGAACGUGUUUGGAGAGUACGAGCAUUUUAUCGUGAAAACGCGACUGAAUUAUCAAGAAAGUUGUUAAACGAAUUUAAAGGAAUUUUCAAAACAAAAAGUGUUAUAAAGUCGUAAUUUUAUUAGCGUCACUAUUUAAUGCUGAGCGCUCGAAAUGGCGGAAGCGCAACUGCGUCAACGACCCGGUGAAUACCUAUGUGGUUUAGCCAAAUGGCAUCCCACUUGGAUGCAACGCUACGCAACAACAAAGUCAUUUAUGGUAGUCUAUGGACUGCUGGGCACCAUACAAGCCAUGUCCUACAUGUAUUUCGUCGUUACGUUAACAACAAUAGAGAAACGCUUCAAAAUUCCUAGCCAAACAACAGGUAUUAUCUUGAGCGGCAAUGAAAUAUCGCAAAUCCUGCUGUCGCUUAUACUCAGCUAUAUUGGAGGUCAACGAAAUCGCCCACGUUGGAUUGCCUGGGGCAUUGUGUUUUGCGGCCUAUCCUGUUAUAUACUAGCUUUGCCACAUUUCAUUUAUGGCGCCGGCGAUGGCGCGUUACAUCUCACCGUGGAAUAUUUGCAAGAGCAGUCGUCGUCCAGCUCAACGUUAAAUAUGACAAGUUCAUUCUCAUUGGUUAACGCGUCCAUACAAAGUUCGCAAGAAUUGUGCGGUCUAAUGAAAUCAUCACAAGAAUGCGAGUCACUGCUAUCCAUUGUACCGUUGGUCUUGAUUUUCCUCUCACAAUUCGUGCUCGGCAUUGGCAAUACUCUGUAUUAUUCGCUGGGUCAAACAUAUCUUGAUGAUAAUACGAAAGAGAGAAAUACUCCGCUGAUGUUGGCCGUGGCCAUGGCGCUUAGAAUGAUCGGACCGAUCGUGGGUUUCUUUUUGGGUUACAUUUCAUUAACUAUGUAUAUCGAUCCCUUCAAAAAGCCCUUAAUCGACAAUAAAGAUCCACGCUGGUUGGGUGCCUGGUGGUUUGGCUGGAUGAUAUUGGGCACUUUGAUGGUGCUCUUCUCUGGUCUAAUCGGACUCUUUCCUAAACAGUUGCCAAAAAAGAAGCCAGAACACUACAACUCACACUUGCCACGGAUGAUGCGUUUAGAGCAGCUUAAGAAGGAAGAUGGCAUAUCGUUGGGCAGCACGCUAUCUCUUACGGCAGCGCUGGAUGCAAACGCAGCAGCUGCGGUUGACGCAGACUUUCCAAAACUGAAAGAUUUUCCGAAGGCUCUGUUGCGUUUAUUACGCAACAAAUUGCUUAUAUAUAACAUCAUAUCGGGUGUUUUCUAUAUUUUGGGUGCUGCUGGCUAUAUGACAUUCUUGUCCAAAUAUAUGGAGGUGCAAUUUCAUAAAACCGCACAAACCGCCACUGUUAUAGUGGGACCAAUAUCAAUAAUUGGCAUGGUGAUUGGUCUCAUCGGUUCCGGCAUCGUUAUAUCGAAGAAACAUCCAUCGCCGAGCAAAGUACUCAUGUGGAAUAUUAUAGUGGGGUGUGUGUAUAUUUUGGGGCAAACGUCGUAUAUUUUUAUGUAUUGUGGUGAUUCGAUUUCUCUGCAGAAUGGUGGAAACUAUAACUUCACCACUCAAUGCAAUAAAAAUUGUAGCUGCGAUAACGUGGCGUAUUCGCCAGUCUGUCACGAGGCCAGUGACACAACAUUUUUCUCUGCGUGUCACGCGGGCUGUAAAGCGUGGAACCCCAAGGAGAAGACGUUUUCAAAUUGCUCCUGCAUUGAUGUUUUCGACCCCGUCUUUACGAGUACUGCCACCUACAUGUCUACCACACCCAGCUUUCUGAGUGACUUAAGCACUGAACAACAACCACUUUCACAAAAAAACUUACAAAUUAUCAGCGGUAUAUCUACAACUGGCACGCCGGUACCAAUACCCACUACGAUCCUUAAUAAUGACGAUGUCACCGUACCAACAACAGCAAGCAUAUGGACAACAACACCAGAACUAACAACAACUGCUAAUGAAGUUCUCGCACGCGCCAGCCGUACUGUGAGCACACUCUCCGAUAUACUCACACCAGGCGUGUGCUUGAAGGGCUGUUCUGUGGCCUUUUACAGUUUCACUAUUGCCUCGAUGAUUGUUAAUUGGUUCGGCUCUUCUGGACGAAUUGGCAACUUGUUAGUGAACUUUCGCGCCGUUGCAACAAAAGAUAAAUCCUUCGCACAAGGUCUUUCCCUAAUGAUGAUUAGUUUGUUAGCACUUAUACCGGGUCCCAUUAUAUUUGGACGUAUAAUAGAUUCAACUUGCCUUGUGUGGACGGAGACUUGUCAUGGCAGAGGCAAUUGCCAGUUGUAUGAUCAGACGAAAUUCCGUUACUACGUAAAUAUAUUAGCGUUGUCGCUUACGUCGAUCGGUGUGAUCUUCGACAUUUUAGUCUGGUAUCAUGGCAGACACCUUGAUUUAUAUGGAGAAAAAGAGGCGCAAAAGCUCGAAGAAAUGCGUCGGAGAGAUAAACCAAUCACACCGCUUUUAGCACAUGGCUCAUAAUAUUAUUUAAUGUGUACCGAGUGUAACGUUAUUCCUUGUAUAUGUAUGUAUAUUUGAAUCAUAUCGCCUUGCAGAUGUAUGUAUGUAUGAUGUUGCAUAGGUAUUUGAAAAGUACUCAAAAAAUUGUAUUCACCUGACGUUUAUACAUAUAUGUUUGUGUAUAUGAGAAUAUUUGUACAUAUAUAUGUAGGUAAUUGAAGAAUACACGUGUAGAAAGUAUACAAGUAUAUUCUAAUUUAUUUUCCUCAGUGUGUAAAAAUAUACCUCUAUUAUAGGUAUAAUUGAAAAAUAUGAACAAUAAUUAUAAAUAUGAAUUUUAAUUUUUAGAAGUUUAAGUUGACAAUAAACGUUGUUUAAAAAGUGUAAUUAAUAUAGAUAAAUAUAUAUAAAAAACGCAAAUAUAAUUAUAAAUAUGCUCUCAGCGAUAUAACUUUAUUUACAGAAAUAUUUUUGUAGAAGAUUUUAUAAAAUUUUAAGCGUUAAUGUACAUAGUUUGAGAGUAUUUUGUUAAUGAAUUGAAUAUAUGUAUAUGUAUGUACAUUCGUCGGAUUAAAACAUAAUAGAACGUACAUACAUGUUGAAAAAAAUUUGAAUGUGAAAUUCAGUAAUCAGUUGUAAUUGCAAAUAAAGUUAGUAUUUGUAUGCAAACAAGCCUUAUUUCUUCGGAAAAAGUAA